AGACACAUUCAUGUCGUAAUAAUCAUAAAAAUAAAGGGAAAUGAUCUGUUGUUGAAUAGUAAACAUUAAAAGGCAUUCCCAUAAACAGAAAAAUACAAAGAAAUAAAUAAAUAAUUUAUUUGAUUUCACUUAAUGCUGCGCACACGUGCGAUUAAUUAUUAAUUAAGGGCCGAGUAUUUGUGAGUAGUGUCAAGUGACAUAAGGGGUUAACAUUUUGACAGUGUCAGUAACAAUGUCUCCAGAGCCAACUCAAGAGCCGAUUGAGCAAAACCUGAAAGCCCCUAAUUUAAAUGUUGAGGAACCAGCUGCUGAUUCAGACAGCGAGGAUGAGGAUUUCGGAGCUGCUGGCUAUGUGCCACUGUCGCAGGUGCCAACUGACGGUGAUACUCUCCUAGAUGACGAUGAGGAUGAUGAGUGGAUGCUCCCGACGAGUCAACACUCCUAUUCGGUCCCAGAGGAGGAUGUCCACGAGCCAGAGAACCCAGAGACCCUCCAGGUCUGGUCCUCCCCAUCCACUGCAUCGAACAUCGAUCUGGAUGCUGAUAAAAUCAGCCAAGUGAAGUCUGCAAUGGCUACAUUCACACUACCGAAAGCUGCAAUACCAGAGUGGGCACAAUCUGUCUCCGAGGAGCAGUGGAAAAAUCGUCUCAUCGAUAAAAUCAAAGAGAUGCAGAAGCGCGAGUAAUUUAGCCUAGAGUAAUUAUCAAAUAUUUUCACCUUCCUCUGGUCGAUCAAUCUCAUGUAAAAAUCCUAUUGUUUCCAUUUAUAUAAAGAAUUUAUUUCAAGAAUACAAAGAUUUCAUCGUUGACAUUUAUUUUAUAAUAAAUUCAUUAAGAAUUGUCAAUACAAAAUUCGUGGAAAUAAAAAAACACGAAUAAACGAAGGUUCAGCUGUGAAAUGAUGAGAUUGGAUUUAUUUAUUCAUCCAGAGUGUUUUUAGAAAAAAAAUGAGUGGUAGAU